UUGCCUUUUGUAAAUGUAAAAUUGCCGGUUAUACGGCUCUACACAAGAAUUUACUGAUAAGCAGCUGCUGCUGCUGCUGAUGCAAGGCAAAAUCCGUUCCCAAGUGCAAUUUCAGUUACACAUUUUGUAUAAUACGCAGUUUGAUCUAGACAUACAUAUUAUGUAUGUAUGUGCUGUACACAGUGUUGAUACAAAUGUUCAUUCAAAUGUGCGGCUUGGAGUGUCAGCGGUCUUUGUUUCUUGUUGCAAAAAUUGUAUCAAUUACCCAAUUAAUAAAUUGACCCGGGUUUCUCGCGUGUUGGCUGGCUGAUGGAUUUCUGGGAGAAGGGGUAUGACACAUGUUACAGACUCCAACAGAGUACAUGUCGCCUCCCGAAGGAAUCGAUCAUAAAUAAAGAGCAGCAGACGUACAAUGCCCGAUAACGACAAUGUUGGAGAAAGGCAAACAAAUGGUUUGGCCCGCAACAGAGCGCAGUCGUUGGAGCUGCAUUUCAGCCAAGUGAACUACCACUUGAAGACUGCCACAAAGGGUUUCACUCAGAUACUGAACGAAGCAUGCGGAACCUUCAAAUCGGGCCGACUGACGGCCAUUCUGGGCCCAUCAGGGGCUGGUAAAACCACGUUGCUCAAUGCUCUGGCUGGUUUCAAAAUCACAGGAGUUUCGGGGCGGUUCCUUUUGAAUGGUCGACCCAGAGAUCUGAUGGCCUUCAGAAAAAUGUCGGCCUACAUUGCCCAGGACUUUGUAAUGCUAAAUCUGCUGACUGUCGAGGAGACCUUGUGGGUCUCCGUAGACCUGAAGACGCCCAGCGCUAAAAGCGCGCAGGAGAAGCAAAAGAUUAUAGAUGACAUCAUAGACAUACUGCAGCUCCAGUCCUGUCGACAGACUCUAGUGGGGAAAAUCUCCGGAGGCGAGCAAAAGCGUCUGUCCAUUGGCAUUGAGCUCGCUACGAAUCCCCCCAUCAUGUUCUUCGAUGAGCCCACCAGUGGCUUGGACUGUGUGUCCAGCUACCAGGUGAUUUGCCACCUGCAGCGCCUGUGCCAUGAUGGAAGGAUUGUGGUGUGCGUGGUGCAUCAGCCGGGCUCCCGACUCAUGCAGCUGUUCGACGAUGUUCUGGUCCUGGCUCAUGGCGAGGUCUUGUACGCCGGAGAGCAGCGAACAAUGCUGGCCACCUUCGAAGGGUCUGGCUACACCUGUCCCCAGUACUAUAAUCCAGCAGAUUUUGUGCUGGAUGUGUGCAGCGAAUCCUCCAACACACAGCGUUGUGAGUCGCUAAUCUCCCAGAAUAAGCUAACACAUUGCCCCAGCGGGACCAACAUCCAGAAGCUCAAUGUGGGUGAGGAGGCAGCGCUCAUCGAGAUGCCCCAACAAGCUGCCUGGCCAGACCUGGCCCAGGUGCGAGUCAAGGAGCAGGUGGGGUUCUAUUUCCAGCUGCGAGUGCUGCUUCGGCGCCACUUGCGCUCCAUGUCCAGGGAUAUGAUUGCCGUCCAACUGCGACUUAUUAUGCAUGUUGUGGUCGCUCUGCUCCUGGGCGUGGUGUACUGGCAAAUAGGCAGCGAUGCCGCCAAAAUAGUGUCCAACGUCUCUUGUCUGCUCUUCAUCAUUCUGUUUGUGUUCAUUGGCAACGCCAUGCCCUCGAUCCUGCUAUGCCAGCAGGACUCUGCGGUCUUCAUCAGGGAAUACUACAACGGCUGGUACUCCUUGCGAGCGUACUACAUAUCCAAGGUGCUGGCGGACCUGCCCCUCCAGCUGACCUGCCCCACCAUGUUCAUCAGCAUUAGCUACUUCAUGACGGGCCAGCCGCCGGAGUUCGAGCGCUUUGCCAUGUGCUGGGCUGUCUGCGUGAUGACCGGCUUUAUUGGACACUUCGUAGGCGUGAUUUCCGGCACACUGUUUAGCAUGCAGAUGUCCAUCUUCCUAGUGCCCAGCGGAACGAUUCCGUUUCUCCUCUUCUCUGGCUUCUUCAUUCGGCUGAACGAGCUCUCCUGGUUCCUGCGCCCCAUCUGCGAUUUUUCUUUCUUCCGCUACAUAUUCGAAGGUCUCCUGCGAGCCAUCUAUGGCUAUGGCCGAGGUGACCUCGACUGCCAUGCGAACUUUUGCUACUACAGAACAGCAGAUCAGUUUCUCAGGGAUUUCGGCAUGGCGGGCGACGAGUUUGGCUGGGACAUGGCUGUGCUGGGGAUUUUCGUUGCGCUGCUAUUGUUUUUCUUUUACGUGACAGUAAACUUUUGUGUUAGACGAGCGCUAAGAUGACCCGCAAAGUACAAUUUCUUAGUUUCCCAAUGUAAUUCUUGAAAAUAAAGUAUUUUUACAAGUGGA